GUCGAUCCGUUCAGUUGUCUCUGGUUGUUCGGCGCGAGCGCUCGCUUCUUCUGCAAUUGUCUCCGGUUGAGGGAUUCGCACUUCUAGGCGGAUUUUCGGAAUCCCUAAGUGUUUGGUCCAGGGUCCAGCACUGAAUGUAUCAGAGUUAUCUUCAAAGAAAGACGGGCGAUUGUUUAUUCUAAUACGAGUUUGUGUUACAAAAAGAAUCUCAUCUUGCCGUGAACGAGUGUGAUACAGCAGCUUGGCCAAUCCGAUAGCGGCGCGAUUCCGUAACGAAUCCUAAAAAUAAGCCGGGAAAGUACUCAAUUUAGUGAAUAAACAGUGAAACCCAAGCAAACCACCAAUCAGCCGAUAUUGACUCGAGCUGAUAUUUAUCGGCCGUGAGUCACUCCAACGCCCGUGAAACCAGUUUGAAGACGAGUUUGAAGUACCUUUGGUGACGGAAGAAGAUCCACGUCGUGACCGGUUCACUUGUCAGGUCCCCGCGUGGCGUGAUAAUUACUUGUCCAGUCGCCUUUAAGCGCGGCGGAAAGUUUUACAAACAGUGUUUGUAUAUUUACCCGCCGAUACCAUUUCCGGUUUCCCGAUCGGCGUCAUUAGACGGACGCCCCAACGACGACGUUGCUGCUUGAGCGGAAAGAUCCCACGGGGUGUCUGAGCUCUGUUGUGCUUUCCAGAACAGCAACAAACUCCAGGUUAAGGUGAGGCCGCCUAAUUUUGCGCGCGCGUGCUAAGCAGUUCCACAUGUUCCAGCCGCCACAACGACAGUAAACAGCUUGGUCAGCUUGGCGAAGGAGGAGUGCAUCCACAAAUCUGUGUCACUAAAAAAACGCGAACCAGCAUGUCAUUCACAGGAUCAAAGUGCGUGGACGUGGACCUCGAAUAAUCAUGCGUGAUUGGAUAAUCGAGUUUCAGUGAGAAGAUCGAGAGAGCCAAAAAGUGCCGUUUCAUUCAAAGUGUGUUCGAAGAAUUGAAAGUGUGUCUUUGGGUUGGUAUCGGUUAAGUAAGAAUAGGAAAAACCCCCGUAACGAAGAUGAAUCCAAGGUACGUGUGUGCCUUCUUGGUGGUGUUUGGCGUGCGCGGGAUCUCCGGAGACAGUUUGCCGUGUGACUUUAUCGAUUCGGUCAACAUUACCGACGGAGUGCGGGACUCGGCCGGAAACAUCAUCCACAACAACAUUCUGUACAAACCAAAGUACUUCCGGACGAUCGACUACGAUUACGAGCACUUUUCGAGGAAGAAGUUUGUGGCCGAGUACAUCCGGGGGUGUCCGUGUGCCGUGCGGUUGUGCAUCCGGAUGUGCUGUCCGUACGGGACGGUGUUCUUCCAGCGAAAGUGUGUUCCGACCGAGAGUCAGCUGGUGGUGAAUGUGAACACCACGUUGUACAACAGCAACCGGAGCUCGGAGGUUGUCGAUUUGACGCAGAAUCAGAUGUACGGGUUUCUGUACGGUAAACCGUGUGAAUCGGUGUACCAGCUGGAUCCGGAGAACAGUCCGGAGGAUGAGUGGAUCUUUGCGAGGAACGGCAGCAUCAUCUACGACUCCCGCCUUAUGACGAGGAACCAGUUCUGCUUCAUGCAGAACAACAACUCGGAACCGGUGAUCCCGUACAUCUGCUUCGAGCCCGAGGAAGACUUCAAGUAUGCGUUGUAUCCGAUUGGAAUGUUGCUGUCGGUGCCGUUUCUGCUCAUCACGCUGUUCGUGUACGCGUGCAUUCCGGAGCUGCGGAACAUGCACGGCAAGUCACUGAUGUGCUACGUCCUGGGGCUGACCGUCGGCUACACGGCCCUCUCCCUGGUCCAGAUGCGGCUGUUCGCGGCCGAAACCACCCCCUGCGUCGUGGCCGGCUACACGCUGUACUUCUUCUUCAUGGUUAGCUUCUUCUGGCUCAACGUGAUGUCGUUCGAUAUCUACUGGACGUUUAGCGGAAACCGCGGCGCCAAGAGUACCGAGCGUAAAAAGUUCUGCCUCUAUUCGCUGUACGCCUGGGGAUGCCCGGUGCUGCUGGCCGUCCUGGCCUUCGUUAUGGACAACACCGAGCUCGUUCCGGAGUACUACCGGCCCCGGAUGGGCAAAACGCGAUGCCUCCUGCAGGAAAACAAAUACGUAGAGUUCCUUUAUCUCUAUCUGCCAAUGCUGAUUCUGGUGUUUGCCAACGUGAUGUUCUUCGUGAUAACCGCGAUACGGAUUAUCAAAAUCCAGCGGGAGACUUCCGUGGUGCGCCGUGGGGAUUCGAAGCGCCACUCCAAGCUGGACAAUGACCGGGACCGAUUCAGCCUGUACCUGCGGCUGUUCAUCGUGAUGGGGGUGACCUGGUCGAUGGAGGUGCUCUCGUGGGCGGUCAACAACGUGGCCUGGGUGUUCUACAUCUCGGACGUGUGCAACUGCAUCCAGGGCUUCCUGAUCUUCAUGCUGUUCGUGUGGAAGCAGAAGGUCAAGCGGCUGAUCUACAAAAAGUAUGUUCGGUAUUCAAAGCAAGAGCGAACAGGAGCAAUCGCUGUCAACCUGCAGCACACGUACGACGGCCACAACCUCCUCGUUCAACGGGUCAAGGCCGCUGACGACGGCGCGGAUGAACUCGGAAAACGGCACCAGCACGGCCUGGGAACGGCAGUCGAGCAAGCCGCUGAAUCAGUUCGCCUAAGCGCGGCCAACAGAGCCAGCCUGGAGCGGACCAUCAGCGUGGACCGGACCACCGAAGAGAGCGACCUGCUGACGACCUCGGACGGAGAACAGGAAUAUAACCAAAGAAAAAGCUGAACUUUUCUAUGAUUUUUUUUUGAGUACAAAUCACACAUUGACGGCGGUAUUGGCUUUCGUGUACUAUGUGAGCUGUUGAGUAUUAAACUGGAAAAUGUAGUAAAACAAUACGAAAACGUUGAAGGCGCGUUAUAAUAUCCAGAGUUUUUUUUUAAUAGGUCCUAUAAACAUAUGAAAGACAAUAGCUUAUAGGUCCUUUUCACAAAAAAAAAAACUCUGAUAUGUACAUAAUAUUCAGAUAUAGGCAAAUGAAGAACCUCAGAAUAUUUUUAUGUACUUUAAAACUUGUAGGUAAUUGUAUUAUGUAUAUUACAGCUUUAAAGAUAAUAACAUUUUAAAUUGUUGUUCAAGAUGUUUUAGGAUAAACUAAGCCAUGAUAGUUUUAAAUUUUCUAAAUUACUUAACAAAAAUGUGUAUUUACUGUUAAUUCAAUCAGUACUAAGUUAAAAGCCAGUCACAAUUAUAAAUUAUGCUUUAAAUAUUGUAUCUGUCAAUAAAUCGUGCAAGCAGUCAAAUUUAAAA